AUCGAACACUAUUCUGUCUCCAUCGCAACCCAUCCCGACAAUGCUAGCUCCAAUCGGUACAUGGAUAUACAUCCUUACAACCGUACCGCCGUUCUCGCAGGCGGCACCCGCUAUCUCAAUGCCAGCUGGAUCCUGGAACUCCAUGGCGGGAAAUGGUGGGUGGCAACCCAGGCGCCGCUUCCCGACACUGCCAACGCCUUCCUUACUUUCAUCAUGAAUCCAAUAACGACCCCUGUCUCCCGACACCAUUGUCGGAUACGAACCAUCGUCCAGCUCACCCGACACUCUGAGGCUGGGCGUGUCAAGGCACACCCGUAUUUCCCAUCAGUCGUUGGCCAGUCUGCUGCUCUCGAAUCCGGUGACCCAGGCGCAGCCCCACUCAAGGUCACCACCCUCAAGGUCGAACACAUCAGAGAAGCGUCGUGCAUAAAGAGCACUGUUUCCGUGUCGACCAUGUCUGGCAUUCAGAGUCAUGUAUUUCAACAUCUUCUCUACGAUGCAUGGCCUGACCACGGAGUUCCCUCCCCUGCAGACCGCUCCACUCUCUUAUCGUUUCUUCAGCUCGUCCAGCGUGUCAAUUGCGAAGGAUUUGAUGACGAUCCUCCAAUUGUUGCGGGUUGCUCAGCGGGUGUCGGACGCACCGGGGCGUUCAUUGCCCUCGCCUCGUUGCUCCGUUCACAUAAGGUGCUCAGUCCAACCAAACAGCCGUCGUCUCCACAAGUCUUGCCUCCUUCACCCAUUGGCCCGUUACCCAGGAGCGUAGAGAACGACCCCGUGGUGAAGGAGAUUGACUUUCUGCGGGAACAGAGGCCGGGAAUGGUACAGAGGGACGAACAGGUCCGGCUCAUAUACGAGAUGCUG